AUGGCUGCAGUGGAGGCGGGGCAGGUGCCCGCGACUUCGGUCCCAGAAGAUGCUGCGAGAGAUGCUACAGAGGCUGUGGGUGCAGGGCCGGAGGCGCCCCUGCUCCCAGCCGGAAACCGGCUGAGCCUGCACCUGUACCCCGGGGGCUGCCGCCGGCUGCUGCGCCUGUGUGCCCAGCAGGCCCCUCAGCUGCUGGAGGUGGACUUCCUGCAGCUGAGUGGCCACGAGGACCCUCAGCUGCUGGAGGCCUCCCUGGCCCGGCUGCCUUGGAGCCUGCCACACCUCCGCUCCCUGGUCCUCAAAGGUGGGCAACGUCGGGACACCCUGGGUGCCUGCCUCCGGGGGUCCCUCACCACGCUGCCCACCAGCCUGAGUGGCCUAGCCCACUUGGCCCACCUGGAUCUGAGCUUCAACAGCCUGGAGACACUGCCGGCCUGCGUCCCCCAGAUGUGUGGCCUGGACGCCCUCCUGCUGUCUCGUAACUGCCUCUCAGAGCUGCCCGCGGCUCUGGGGGCCCUCCCAUCCCUCACCUUCCUCGCCGUCACCCACAACCGCCUGCGAACGCUGCCCCCAGCCCUGGGAGCCCUGUCCAGCCUGCAGCGCCUCGAUCUCUCUGGGAACUUGCUGGAGGCCCUGCCCGCUGAGAUCGGAGGCCUGGGCAGCCUGGCCGAGCUCAAUCUCGCCUCCAAUCGGCUGCAGAGCCUCCCUGGCUCCUUCGCCGGGCUGCGGGCCCUGCGGCUCUGCAUUCUGCACAGCAACCUCCUGGCUUCGGUGCCCGCCAGCCUGGCGCGCCUCCCGCUGCUCACCCGGCUCGACCUGAGGGACAACCAGCUCCGGGACGUGCCCCCUGAGCUGUUGGACGCCCCCUUUGUGCGCCUGCAAGGAAACCCCUUGGGCAGGCCCCCUCCUGACCCCCCCAGCCCCCCAGGGACACCCAUGGUCCCAGAAAUGCCCAGGCUGUUGCUGACCUCAGAUCUGGACAGCUUUGCCGUGACCCCCCAAGGCUGCUCCGUGACCUUGGCCUGCGGCGUCCGCCUGCAGUUCCCCGCGGGGGCCACUGCUGCCCCCGUGACCGUCCGCUACCGCCAGUGGCUGCCGGAGCCGCGGCUCGUGCCCCUGGGUCCCCACGACGCUCUGCUCAGCAGUGUCCUGGAGCUGCAGCCCCACGGGGUGGCCUUCCAGCAGGCACGGCUGGGGUGGGCCAAGCGCGGGCGAGGGCCCCAGCGAGGAGGGCCCAGCGUGGCCCUGGCGCUCAUGUCGCCCCUCGCCUGGCAGGAGGUGGGCCUGUGGCUGCUCUUCGUGCCCCCGCGGGCCCGGCGGUGCCGCGAGGUGGUGGUCAGGACACUGAGUGACAGCAGCUGGAGCGACCUGGAGACCCACCUGGAGGAGGAGGCGCCCCAGGCGGGGGUGGCCCGGGCCGUCUGGGAAGGGCCGGCUCUGCUCCGGCCCGCUGGUCCCGACCGUGUGCUCCCGCGCCAGCGGCUCUGGGCUCACUGCCAGGUGCCCCACUUCUCCUGGUUCCUCGUGGUUUCGCGCCCCGUGUCCGAUGCCUGCCUGGUGCCACCAGAGGGGGCGCUGCUGUGCUCCUCAGGACACGCUGGGGUCAGGGUCACCUUCCCUGCUGGGGCCACAGAGGAGCCCCGGCACGUCCGCAUGCAGGUCGUGCACGUGGGCCGCAGAGAGCUGCCAGCCCUGCUGGGGGAGCCCGAGGCUGCAGCCAGCCCCCUGCUCUGCCUCUCGCAGAGCGGCCCCUCGAGCUUCCUUCGGCCAGUCACCGUGCAGCUGCCUCUGCCGCCUGGCGUCACAGGCCUGAGUCUGGACCGGUCCCGCCUGUACCUGCUGCACCGGGCCGCCUCCGCGGCCACCUGGGACGACAUCACCGCGCAGGUGGCCCUGGAGCUGACGCACCUGUACGCGCGCUUCCAGGUCACGCGCUUCUCCUGGUCAGUGCCCCCACCGCCUCAGCCCCCCCCCCCACACCCCCUGGCCUGCAGGCCCCCUCACCCUCGCCUUCUCAGGUACUGGCUGUGGUACACCACCAAGACCUGCGUGGGGGGCCUGGCGCGGAAGGCCUGGGAGCGGCUGCGGCUGCACCGCGUGAACCUCAUCGCGCUGCAGAGACGCCGGGACCCCGAGCAGGUCCUGCUGCAGUGCCUGCCCCGCAACAAGGUGGACGCCACCCUGCGGCGGCUGCUGGAGCGAUACCGCGGCCCUGAGCCCUCGGACACCGUGGAGAUGUUUGAGGGGGAGAAGUUCUUCGCCGCCUUCGAAAGGGGAAUUGACAUCGACGCAGACCGCCCAGACUGCGUGGAAGGCAGGGUGUGCUUUGUCUUCUACUCCCACCUGAAGAACCUGAAGGAGGUGUACGUGACCACCGCCCUGGACCGACGGGCUCGGGCCGUGAGGGGCCAGGUGUCCUUCUACCGGGGCGAGGUGCCGGAGGUGGUCCCUGAGGAGGCAGAGGCUGCCCGGCAGAAGAGGGGCACAGCUGCCCUGUGGAUGGCCACUCUGCCCAUCAAGCUGCCCAGAUUGAGGGGAUGCGAGGGCCCGGCCCGGGGGGCUGGCCUCUCCCUGGCGCCUCUGAACCUGGGCGACGCCGAGACUGGCUUCCUGACCCAGAGCAACCUGCUGAACGUGGCCAGGCGCCUGGGCCCCGACUGGCCAGCCGUGGCCCUGCACCUGGGCCUGCCCUACCGUGAGCUCCAGCGCAUCCGGCACGAGUUCCGGGAUGACCUGGAUGGGCAGAUCUGCCACAUGCUCUUCUCCUGGGCGGAGCGCCAGGCUGGGCAGCCAGGGGCCGUGGGGCGCCUCGUGCAGGCCCUGGAGCAGAGUGACCGGCGGGAUGUGGCCGAAGAGGUGCGGGCUGUCCUGGAGCUUGGCCGCCACAAGUACCAGGAGGGCCUCCGGCACACGAGCCUGGCCCCCAGGAACCUUGCCUCUCCUGACCGGUCGCCAUCACCUUCCCCAGAGCCUGCCCAGACCUAG